CCCAGUUAAAGAUAUCUGAUAAAAAGAACAAGUUAAUUUGGUAGGUGAGCAGAUGCUUGUUGAUGCGUUUCUCACAAGAGCCACCAUGUCAGGAGAUUUAAGUGUGGCAGAGCCCGAAACUGAGAUUCUUGAAAUCUAUGGCGAUGGAGGUGCUGAAGGGUUUAGUGAUGAUAAAGAAACUCAAAAAUUUCUGAAAGAAUUCAAAAAGUCUUCAUCAGAUGCUGCAGUAAAGAAGAUUAAAGAAAACUUUAAGACUUUGGAUCAUGUGACUCUCAACAUAGGUGUAACUGGAAAUUCAGGAGCAGGAAAAUCCUCCUUUGUGAACGCCAUACGGGGUCUGAGUAACGAUGAUGAGGGAGCAGCUGAAACAGGAGUGACGGAGACAACGCAGGCGCCGACACCAUUCACACAUCCCACAAUGCCAAAUGUCACCAUAUGGGAUCUGCCAGGUAUCGGCACUCCCAAAUUCAAAGCAAAGACGUAUCUAUCUGAUGUCCAUUUUGAACGCUACGACUUUUUUAUCAUCCUCACUUCAGAGAGAUUCAAAGAGAAUGACAUUAGCCUGGCCAAAGCAAUCAAGAAGAAGAAACUACUGUUUUAUUUCAUACGUUCAAAGAUCGACAAUGACAUCAAAGCAGAAGAAAAAAGAAGAGACUUCAACAAGGAAAUUAUGUUAUCUAAGAUCAGAAAGGACUGUGAGAAGAAUUUGAAAGAUGUUGGAAACCCAAAGGUUUUUCUGAUAUCCUCCUUUAAUAUCAGUGAUUAUGAUUUCAACAAGUUGAUUGACACCCUGGUGAAAGAACUCCCAGAAACAAAGCAACAUGCCCUUGUCCUUUCUCUACCAGUCUACUCCUUAGAGGUAUUGCAGAGGAAGAAGAGGCAUCUACAGAAUAUGAUCUGGCUCACAGCCUUUGGCUCAGGUGCAAUAGCUAUGGUUCCUGUCCCAGGUCUUACAGUGGCAUGUGAUUAUGGAAUCACCUUGUCAUUUCUAGAAAGUGUUUUCAGAUCUUUUGGGCUCGAGGAUAGCUCAUUACAGAGGCUUGCAACAAGAGUGCAACUGAACGUGAUGGACUUAAAAGCUGAAAUUAAAUCAAGGUUUAAAGAUGGAGUCACACAUGGCACGAUGAAGUCUUUGCUCGCAACGCCUUCAAUGGCCUCCAUCAUCACUCUCAAGGGGCUCAUGAGCUGUGCAGUCCCACUCGGACAGCUACCAGCUGGAGCCAUAUCUGUGCCUAUCAUGCACUAUCUGCUCAACAAAGGUCUCAAGGAAAUGGAAAAGGAUGCCAGGUCUGUGCUGGAAAAAGCACAACUGCUCUAAGUGGAGAUUCCAUAAUUGAAGUUGAGAAGCAUCUGAACACAAAUCUAGGGGGAUACCAUGGGUAUAUGUAAUUGAGGCUACAAUGUAGAAAAAAAAUCCCUUUAAGCAAAGGGCACUGGACGAAUGUGUGUUGUGGACUGGAAUAGUUUUGACAUUCUCUCUGAAUAUCAAACUUUUUUACAAGUGAAUGUGUGAUCAUAAACACUCAAAUACUGUAUUUGCAUCAGUUUCUUCUGGGACACUAAGGAUAUAUAAGGAUGAAUAAUAAUGCACACAUGGCAGGAUCAAUCAUACAUAGUAAAUAUUGUGUAUUUGUGUUAGAAUCAUUAUAUGCAUUUUUUUACGUCCAAAGACAUAUUUUUGUUUGUUUAUUACCUUAAUUGUUACACUUUACAUCCAUGGAUGUAUUGUCCAUUUGAUUUGUCUGACCAACUUUUAUGUUUAUGGUUUAUAGUCUUAAAUCUUUCUGAGAGGCUUUAUAGGGAGGCUGGGUGCCAUUUUCAUUUAACCUUAUUUUCUUCUAUUUUUGGUUAGUUAGGGAGUGAGGUUAGGUUAUGUUGUUAAUUUUAUCUUUUGUUUUGAGGUAAGGUAAUUUGCGGUUAAUUUGCAGUUAUUGUCAAAUGUUUAUAACAAUACACAACAAAGUGGCAUUAGGUGGUUCACAGAGUGUUGAUGAGUGUACAUAUUGUUAUUGUGGAUAAUACAGUGUAAUUUUUAAAUGCUAACAGUUGUAAUUGGUGAAUAAACUCUUUUGAGAGGUGGAUAAACUCUAUUAAAAGGGUGGAGAAACUA